GCAACAAGCAGCGGCAUCUUGGAGCGCCUUCUUUCCCGAGUGCCCUUUCAUCUCUCCCAGUCCGCUCCUCUCUCGUACCUACAGCCUUUUCUUCUCCCUCCACUCCUCCUACCUUGUUAUUUCUCCUUGUCUCCCCCUUCUUUUACCAUUUUUAGGCUUUUGGGUUUUUUUUAUUUCCUUCUCUUUCUUCUUCCCCCAUUCUGUUCCUUUUUGGACCAUCUUCGUCUAGUGCCUCUUAAUUUCUUGAUAUUUUCCUUGGACUUUGCCUUGUCAUGUCAAGAUGGAAGUCAGGCAUGACUGGCUCUCCUCAUCCCCCCAUGAGGGCUUCGAGCAGAUGAGACUGAAGAGCAGACCCAGGGAGCCUUCUCCAAGCCUUACCAGAGUAGGUGCGAACUUCUACAGCACUGUCAAGCAGCAGGACUACAGUGCCAGUGUCUGGCUGAGGAGGAAAGACAAACUGGAGCACUCCCAGCAAAGAUGCAUUGUGAUCUUUGCACUGGUAUGCUGCUUUGCAAUUCUGGUUGCACUGAUAUUUUCGGCAGUGGAUAUUAUGGGAGAAGAUGAGGAUGGACUCUCAGAAAAGAACUGUCAAAAUAACUGUCGGGUUGCUCUUGUGGAAAAUAUUCCUGAAGGGAUCAACUAUUCAGACAGUGCACCAUCCCAUUUGUCUCUUUUCCAAGGCUGGAUGAAUUUGCUUAAUAUGGCUGAAAAGUCUGUUGACAUAGUCUCUUCCCAGUGGGACCUCAAUCACAGUCAUCCAUCAGCAUGCCAGGGGCAGCGUCUUUUUGAAAAGUUGCUUGAACUGGCAUCCCGAAAUAUUGAGAUAAAGCUAGUGAGUGAUAUACUGCCCAUGGAAUCAAAGGUAUUAAACGACUUGAAAACAAAGGGUGCUGAAGUGUUGUAUAUGAACAUGUCAGCAUAUAACGAAGGUCGGCUUCAGUCGUCUUUCUGGAUUGUUGAUAAACAGCACGUAUACAUUGGAAGUGCCAGCCUAGACUGGAGAUCGUUGGGACAGAUGAAGGAACUUGGCGUCAUCGUAUACAACUGCAGCUGCCUGGUCCUGGAUUUACAGAGGAUAUUUGCCUUGUAUAGCUCCUUAAGAUACAAGAAUAAAGUACCUCCAAGUUGGUCUAAGAGACUAUAUGGAGUGUACGAUACUCAAAAUAAACUGACACUGCAGCUGAACGAGACCAAAUCAGAAGCUUUUGUGUCGAAUUCACCUAAACUCUUCUGCCCAAAGGACAGAGUCCUGGAUAUUGAAGCUAUAUACAGUGUUAUCGAUGAUGCCAAGCAGUUUGUAUACAUAGCUGUCAUGGACUACUUGCCAAUCGUCAUUGACACUAAUGCUAAACGAUACUGGCCAUAUUUAGAUGGGAAGAUAAGAGAAGCGUUAGUAUUACGAAGUAUUAAAGUACGACUUCUCAUAAGUUUCUCAAGAGACACAGACCCCCUUACUUUUAACUUUGUUUCAUCUCUGAAAGCUAUUUGCACUGAAGUUCCAAGCUGUAGUUUGAAAGUUAAAUUCUUUGACCUUGAGGAAGAGAGUGCAUGCUUUCUUAAAGAACAGAAGAACACUUCCCUUCCCAAAUUAAAUCGAAACAAAUAUAUGGUGACCGAUGGAGCUGCAUAUAUUGGUAAUUUUGAUUGGGUAGGAAAUGCUUUUACGCAGAAUGCUGGAGCUGGCCUUGUUAUCAACCAAGCAGACACGGGGAACAGCACAAGCAUCAUUAAGCAACUCAAGGCUGUUUUUGAAAGGGACUGGUAUUCACAUUAUGCCAAAAGUUUACAACCAACAAAAAUCCCAAACUGCUUUAAUCACAAACUUAAUAAAGGAACUUCAAACAAGACUGCCAUGAGCAAUGCGAAUUAGAAAGACUAUUUUACUGUUUAGUAUGGCAAUGAAGAAUUACAUUGGGGUGUAGCCUUCUUUCAUAUUUACAGACAAAAGACUUAAAAAGCAAAAAAAAAGUUUGGUUGGGGGGGUGUUUUUAGGAAAAAGCACACUUAUAUUAAAACUGUCUAAACUAUAUUCUCUAUAUUGAAUUAUUUAAGAUGUUCAAAUUUGUUACUUCUGACACUGAAUGUCAUUUCCACUUCCGUGUUAAUUUUAAUGUUCUGCAUUUGAAUUUAAGAGCAUGUAUCAAUGAUUCUGUUUAAGGACUUUCCCUAGUUGCCAGAUGAGGCUAGAACAAACCUGGAGGCAAAAUGAAGAUUCAAGAUAUGAAAUGGCAUUCUAAGAUCAGUUAUUAUUGACAUACAAAUAGAUGGUAGGUUUACUGUAUUAGAAAAUAUAAAGGAAUAAGCAAAUUUUCACCCAUAUAAAUCAUUCCCUUUAAAUAACUACCUAGUCAUACAAAUACUUCCUAGUUUCAAGCAUUUAGUUUGAGUAUCACUACUCCAUGUCUUCUAACUAGCCUUAAAAUACAUUAGAGUUAGGACUGGUAAUUCAUUCAUCUCCUAACAGAAUGAGAAGGUUUUGAGGGAUUGGGGUUGGCCUCAUUGAAUUUGUUAUAUUCCCUAAAGCCUCUCAGAUAAAUGGAUUUUUUAUUAAAAUAAUGUGGAUUCCUUUCAGCAUAAUAGUUAUUUCCAAUUACAUGCAUUUCAUCUAACAAUGAAAAUCUCUGGAUUAAUAGCAAAGACCUAGGAUUGUUUUUCUUUUAUUUUUUUUUUGUAAUCUCAAGAAAAUUUCUUCCCUAAAUUAAAUAUUUAUCAAAUGUGAGUCAGCAGUUGCAUGAUGACUCAUUAUCAAACCAAUGCACAUCUAAAAAUCAAAUACUGCUUUUUUUAGAAAGGUCAAGGCUUAUGCAAAAUCAUGCAAUAAUUGUUGUUAAAUGAUCAUAUAGAAAAUUUUUUUGAUUUUUACACCUGGAAGUGUUUUGUUUUCUAACUUUUAAAAAAAUAAAACUUGUGAAAUGGCUUUUUUUGUUAAAAUAUCAUCCAUAUAGGUAAAUACAUCUUUAUGGACAGAAAAGUGAUGCCUUCAUUUGGGCCACAGUUUCAAUUGAUGUCAAUAGUGUGCCUCUACAAUCACAACUCACUUGCACCAAGAAGUAACUGAGAAGUUCUGUAAAAGUGUGACUUUGCUCUUUAAAGAAAUAUACAUAAAUGCUUGACAACAGAUUCUUCUCCACUUCAUCACAGUUUCAGCAUAAAAAUGUUUCAUUACUAUCCCUCUGCUUCCAAUGAAAAAAUACAGCUAUGAAAGAAAAACUGCAUUCUGCAUUUUGUUAAAUAUUCACAGAACCUUUUCCAAAAUGGCAACUUCUCUGUCUCACCUACUGAAAGCACACUUUGAAAGCAGUGGGCAAAAAAAAGAGAAGGAAAACCAAUCAUGUUCCAAUGUAUUAUUUUAAUCUUAAGAAGACAUCAAAAAUCUACCUUGAUUUUUAAAAUAUAGGUGUUACUUACAAGGUAAUAAAUUCAAAUUUAUUUUAUAGUGAGCACAGCUUAGGAAAUUCUAAUCAGGCAACAUAAGCAAAUUCAAGUUGUCAGCUGGAGACACCCCACAAAACUAAUUAUGACCUCAAAAGGCACACUUUUGACAAAGAAUGUUUGUUUCUUUUGCAAUCGCAAAGAUUUACAUCAUCUUACUGAAAAUAAUGGUAAAAGAAAAAAUUUUUAAAGUUGUCAACUUUUACAGAAAAUAUUUUGCACAGCUCUAAUACACAAUAACAUUUUCUGGUAUUCAGAUAAACACGUGCCAUGUGUUAGUCUCACACACCUAGAAAAGUGUACAUUCUGGCAUUCUUAUAAGAAACAAAUAUUAAAAAUGAAAAAGUUUUCCUGAGUUGCUAUGAGGAAAGAUCUUUGUUAAGAGAAAUUUCUGAAUUUUCUUCCUUCUGUAUAUAACUUAAGAGUAUGCAUAGCAAGUGUGGGAGAGAGAUCCUCAGCACUUAACUUACUUGUUCUGGGGUUUUUUAUUUGUUUAAGGAGUUAAUAUUAGUCCAGAUUAAUUUAUGGUGAAAAUUUCAGCCAAGUCAUACCACCAAUAAAUUUAGUCUUAUGAGUCAAAGAUUAAAAAAAACUAACCAAAACAAUUGAAAAGCCCAAAGCCCACCACAUUUUUAAAAUCCAGUUGAGAUAGUUGUACAGUUUCUGAGAUGCCCAUGGAUGGGUGAUUUUAAAGCUUCAGAUAAACUUCAUAAACCAUUCUUUCAUAAAACAGAAAAUAAUGCCAGCAAACAAAAAACCCCACUGUCUGGAUUUGUUAAUUGUAGCACUUAAUGGCAAUAAUAUACAGGAAUGAAUCAAUGUUGGCUUUUUUCCCUAUUGCAUUAUGAAUACUGGAAAUGUGUUAAGUUUUUAAAAUGACAUCUUGUAUAAAUAAUGGAGGAUCUUGGUGGAACAGAAAUUUGUCAGGUGAUACAGCUAAGCUAUAUGUUUACAAAGCAGGAUUUAGUAAUGAAAUCAGACUGUGGAGUUACCCCUGAUUGAUUUAGUAUACCAAAUGAAUGGUUCAGAUACAGUAGUUUUACUGCUUCGGUCCUAGGGAAAUACAAUCAUGAAUACUAACAAGAUCCAUUAAUUUAUAAAUGCGUUCUUAUUGGCUUGAUAAACAAAUUAUUGGUGCUUCAAUGAUCCCCCUGAAAGAGAUGAUACAUAAACGUGGUAGUAUGUUUUGGUUUUAGUAAUGGAAAAGUUUGGGUGGUUUUGAACAACUUUUAAUGUGAAAUACCCAUUAGCCAUUCUACAAACAGACUGUCAGACUCAAAUUUCAUUUGGUAUAAAAUAUGGAUUAAUACUUUAGUAACUGUUUAGAAUGGCAUCAGCUCUAAAGCUGUACAGAAAGUUCUGUUCUAUUACAUUAGCCAAAAGACAAAGUGCAUCCUUGGACUUCAGCAAAUAUGAAAUUUAAAAUAUCAGAUUCUUUUUUGAAACUGUUUAAGGGGAUUAUAGCCAAUUAUUUGGUUUGUGUCAGUGCUGUUACUGCUUAACUAGAUUUGCCACAACAGCCUCGAUUCUGGCUUUAGAUCCUUCUACCACUGUAAUAAAUCUGGAGCAAAUCCAUUACAGUGAUUUCACACUAGUUUAGCAGGGAUCAGAAUCUAAACUAGUUUCCUCUUGCUUCAGCUCUCCUGAGUAUCACCAUUGCACAGGCUAUUUCCAAACGUGAUGGAGAUUUGCAUUCAGUGGUUUCUCACAGAUCUCACAGGCAUAAUCCAAAAGAUGCACUUUCUCUAGUCCCCUUCUAACUGGCAUUGGUAACUCUGUCGUAUUAAAGGCAUUUCCUAAACAGAACGGUUUUAUUCUUAAAGAAUAUAGACUGUAAUUGUUGUUUGCUGCAAACAUUUACUAGUGCCUUAUUCAUACAAGCUUUUGUUUAACUGUUCCUCACAUGAAGUCCUGCUAAAGAUCUUGUGUCCAGUACUGAGGCAUACAGCGAACUUCUAAAAUAAGAAGACUACAUAUUGUGAUGUUUACAGUUUAAUACCUAAAACUAGUCACAAAAACACAAAAACUGACUGCGAGAUGUUCCUCCAAACCACAAGCACAUCUAAACCAGAGCAUUUUUAUGCAAUCCCAGUUCUAGAACUGAAUUUCACAAAUUACUCCUGGCUUCAUUAUCAACUAAUCUAAAACACAAUUGAAUUAUUCUGCCCUGAUAAGGUAUAAAACUAAAAUCUGAAUUCCCCCAACAUCUGGCUGGUACUAAAACCAUAACCACAGAAAUUCCUGUAAGCGCAGGUUGAAGUACAAAUACCACAUAGUGGCUACUUUACAGAUCUUACAUGUUAAGUCUUAAGUUGCUUUGCACCAGCCACCACGUUUUUCUGCCUGAAGCAUGAAUUAGUACCCACAACUACUCUCACCUUCUCUUCAAAGACCAGAAGGGCAUAGAUUAUGUGCUACAACAUAAUGGCUGUAACUAUGCCCUAACAGGAAAAGAUUUAAGUUUUACACCAUGAAGGGCCAGGUGUUCCUCCCAGCAAAUUCAAGCUCUGCUUGUAGUUCAGGAGAGAACAUGAGAAACAAGUAGCCUCAGAAUACUACUUUUAAGACCUAUUCGCUAUAAUACAAGAUACCUAAAUUCUACUACUUUGUUGAGAUUUGCAUACAUAAAAAUUGAACAACUAAGCUCUGUGUUACAUGCCAUUUAACCCAUUCUCCAUCUAUGGAGAAAUCCAGACAAAGAAAUUAUAGGGUUCUUUUUGUAACUUUGGUGUGUACUUAGUGAAAAUAGCAUAGGCUUUCUUAUCAAGAUGGUAAAGACAUCAGCUGGCUAUUCCAGUUCUUCAAACUGAAGUCCUAAAUAUCCCUAUCUUGCAUUAUCGUUAUUCCAAUGCAAUCUAUGUAAAAAAACUCAAAAUGAAUCCUUAGUAUGUUUAAAAUUCACGAUAAUUCCUGAGUUCAAGGCACCAGUAAACAUACUCCACUUUUAACACUGCAGGGUAUAGUAGCUCAACUGAUUCUGUAGGAUGAUUGCUUUUCUUAGCCGUAGUUUUUCACUUUAAUUACUGCUGGAUAUUAUUUAUGAAUUUCUCAGUAUUGAAUCAGGUUGCUCUUGCAUCAUCACUUUGCACAAAUGCCUUAGAAGCUUGCCAAACUAGCAUGUAAAAGAGACCUCGUUCAAAAUAGUUUAGACAAGAAAAAAAGAACUCAUGUGCUUUACGCUCUGUGGAUGCUGAAGUCAAUAGAUAAACUCCUGUCUUAUAAUAAAGUGGAGUUUUCUAUUGCACCUCCUGUUUAGAUUAGUCCUGCAAGGGCUUCAAAGAAAAAGUGUGUGAGAAUUGUGUGUUUAUGUUGUGAUCACGAAUUUACAGAGAUAUGAAUGAAGAAUCCAACUGUACUGAAUGGUUCAACACAGUAACUUAAAUUGGGCUUUCAUGAAAACACAUUUAUAUUCCAUGUCCAUAUGAUACAACUGCAUUAAUAUAUUAAAGUUAGGUUAUUCCUAAAAUUCAAAAAACAUGUAGGAUAAAAAUGAAGCUACUGCAGCCUAUUUCUGAAUUAAAAUCAGAUUUUAAGAGUGUAAUUGAACUCUGACUGCAAAUUAUUCUGCUAUUGUAAUGGAGUCAGCUCUCUUAUAUUCACAACAAAUUCUACACUGCAAUUUUACAGGAAGACUCAAUAAUUCUUUUAAAUCCUGUAAAAUGAACACGAUAAUUUUCCCUUUAAGAACAUAAAAUAUAAUAAAAUGGCUGACAACCGCAGCAUUCCAGAGGAUUAUUUUGUGUUCUUUUAUGUUGCAUGGCCACAAAUGUGAACAAUACAAAUUACAUGUAUUGCAACAAUGUUGUGUGAACACAUGGUGGACAUUGCAUCUCACACAGUGAUAUCCAUCUCUCCUGCAGCAGCAUAAAAUGUAGUAAGGAUAGAGAGGAAGGGGCAAAAAGAGCUAGAGGCAAACUAACUUGGAUCAGCCUGAAUUGAUGGACUAAAAGCUCUGGGCUGCAUUCUUAUUUUGUUCUUUUCCCUGCAAAAUCCUGUAUUUCUUAUGCAUUCGCCUUGCUGGUCUUUAUAUGAAUGAACUCCCAUGAUUGUUUUCAGACUGAGGAAAGAACCAUGAAUAAAAACCCAUCAAUUUCUAUGUAGCAAGUACUAAGUACUAAAGCAGUAUUUGAGAUGGGGCUCUUCCUUGUGUAUUACAAAUUUCUAGUGUAACAUAAGCAAGGAUUUACAACACAGCACAUGCCUGCAAAUUGCACAUCACAUGCAGCCUUUGCAUGUGUUCUCUCAAUGUACAAAUAUAGUCGUCAGACAGACACCAUUCUGAACUACUAAUAAAACCGUGAAAACGAAGCACCAGUAUCAGGCAAUCAGACUUUACAAAUUAAUCACACUCAAACGAGGAAAGGAAUUCCCCCCAGAAGUGAUAAUUAUUUAACCUGGAAUUAUUUUCAAAUGUAACUUUGAGGGACUUAAUGGGGAAUUUAAUGUGGAAGGAAUCCUUCUGUUAAAGAUUAAAGGCAUGCACCAAUAUACGUAGCGUUGUUUAAGCAAGACAGCAUAUAAAACAUACAGUGAGAAGCUCUUCAAAUGGAAGUGUGUGGACUAACAUUUUAUCAACUGACUUGUAUUUGAAAACUAUUGAAAACUAUUGAAAACUAGUAUUUUCAAGUGGAUGUGCUCAAUAUUCAAUUACUUCAAAACAUUCUCUUAAAUUACUACACAAGCAUUCCUUAUUUGUAUUACCUCAAAUGACAAAUUCAGUAUUCAGCGUUUUUCCUGAAACUUGACAGAAAAGCAGGAUGCUUCUGGAAGUGACAGCUGUAUCUUUCUAAAGAUCAGAGGGCUGUUCUCCUCAUCUAACUUGUCCUCUUACUGUCUCCUACUUCUUCAGCAACUCAGUCCUGGUUUAUACUUGUCACUGCCUGAGGAACAAAGAAAAUGAAAUAUUUUUAGCUACCUGCUGUUUCUGAAAACUGCUGGCUGCUCAACAUGCUUUGCCCUAUGAGACAUCCCCCAUCUAAUGAGAUAACGAAAAGUAUAAAUGGAGGUCAGACACAUAGUUCCAGGUGCUUCACAUAAUUUUUUUACCUGGAAAGACACAUAUGCAAAGUCUGGGAGAAGAGAUGGGGUGUGGGGAGAAUGCUUGGCAAUCUUUAAAAGAGGAAGAGGUUCUUCUGCUGAUAUAAAUACCUCUUCUGGUCAACUCAUUUUAGAGCAAACCAUUCUUUACCACACAACCAGAUUUGCAAUGACUAAAAUGUGUGGCUGACUUUAGCAUGAAAAGGUAAGAGGUCAAAAGCCUCUUGUCUUUAUGAAUUGAACUGAUGUCUUUAAUAUGUAAGAGAGGUGGAAGAAGCAGGUGAAAAAGGAAAAUACAUUGUCUCCUCUUUUGAAGGAAUAGGCCAGGUUUCUACUAGAAAUAGAGCUGAUAAGGUUUCUUAAAAAAAAAAAAAAACACAAAGACCUUAUGCAUCCAUAUUCUAAUAAUUCUCACAAAAUGGUGCAUACCUGUGGGAACUUUUGACUCAGCUUAGUACCAACUUCUUUUGUGGCAAACUAUCAGACUUCUCAGGAGAGCUCCUUUUCCUCCUUCUCACUAUACUCAAGACAGCUGUGACAUCUGCUUUUAACAAUCUCCAGAUUCUUCAAAGAAAAUUUUAAAAUAAAAUAUAAGAAUCUUCCCUGUGGAAAGAAAAAAUGAAUAGCAGGUUCACUGAGGACCUUCUUCACCAAAGAACCUAGUACAAAUAUUAAAUUACAUAAGAAAUCAGAAUGAAAACCACAAGGCAUUCUCAUCUUUGUCAGCAUUUAAAAAAAAAUGAAAAUUUGAAAAAGAAUAAGAGGCUAAUGCAGUACCUCAGAUGAAUAAAACUGAAAUUUAUAAACCAAAAUACUGUUACUUUUGUGGACAGUCCCCACAUUUAAACUGCAGCUCUCAAUAUGACAGAGAUGCAGUGAAGAAUCAGUGAACCACUAGCUUUGAUAUGCUGUAGCAAGGUUUCAGCAUUCAAAGUCUUAUGUCCAUCUGUCUUUAUACAGCUUAAAAGUUAGGCAAAAAAAAAAAAAAGGGGGGAUUCUGUGUAUAUUUAUGCAGCCCUUACUGCUAAAUAAUUAUUAAAAAAUAGACACUUCUCACCGCAUUUGUGUCUUCAGGUGUCACCACAGAGAUCUUAGUGAACAAGUCUGGAGAAAGGCAGAAAAGCAACAUCUGUGGCGGCAAGUAAGCCAACUAAAAUAAACUGUAAGCCUGUUUUUCAAGUGUUAGUUCAUACAAUAAAAGAUGCCCCCAUAUCCAGCUCAGAUUCCGAAUGUCUUUGUAUCAGAUUCCAAAUGUCCUUGUAUCAGAUUCCAAAUGCAGAGUUGAGGCUCCUCACACACAUUCAUACAGACAUAUCCUCAAAGAGAAAAUGAGUAUCUAUGCCAGGAGAGCCUGGAACAUCUCUAGCACAAUGACUUGUUCCACUACUGUCCUAUUCUUAAGACUGACAGGAAAUCGUACAGCUUUAUGGAAAGGGCGACAUACCCUUUACCAGAGAAUAGGAAUAUUCACACACAAUCACUCAGAAUAACGAGUAACAAAAGUGAACUCCUGGCUGCAGCACAGAAAUACAUCAACAUCACCAUGCCUGAUAGCACACACUUUUUCAUUCUCACACUGCAUGUGUGCCAAAGCUCACUUUUUUGAAAAACAAAGGGCAAUGUUUCUCUCUGAAUUAAACAUUCCAGAGAGGAUUAUACCUUUCUUUAAAAAAAAAAAAAAAAAAGAGAGAACAGCAACCACUGCCCCACUUUGCUCUUCCUUUUCCAUGCUCCACUUUUCCAUUAACAAACAGAUGUUUCUGCCAUUUCUUCCUCAUCUGUCUUUUUCCUUUUCAAGCUAUUUCCUACAUGCUGUUUCUGAAUGCCUUGCUGCUCUGUACGCAGGGAUAAAUCCCUGCAACCUGGAUUGUUGGUGCUGUAACAUCCUACAAGGUUACUUCCACUAGCUUUACCUGAAGUGCUCAGAAGAAGGAAGUGCAUGCACACAAUGUUGAAAGACACACAGAUUACCGUGUAUGAAGACAAGGGAAGUCAGGGCAAAAGCAGAAUGCAGGCACUACUGGAAAAACACCUGGAUGGGGAAAGGGUUUGAAGUCAUACUCAUCAAUCUGAUUUCACCUUGGCACAUCCAAAACCCGUAUCAGGAGCUCAAUUUUGCAAACCUUGCACAACUAACAGAAGCCUUGCCUCCAGGUAUUUCGUUUGCUGUUGUCCUGGAGUCACAUGCCAGGUUAACCUGCCAAGCUAGGCAAUAACAAGCAGGUCAAAACCACAGACAACUUCAAGCCGCAUAACCUCAACUUUAUCCUCCAGGUGGCAUUCGGCCACACAGGGGGUCUAAUCUGGGUACUGUCAUCUUGUGAUUGUUAAAAUGGUCCAAGCUCACCAUUGUAUAUAACGCCACCACCUUCAAAAGAGCAAAUGAAGAAAGAAGAUCUCUCUGCAAACAAAUUUUAAAUCUCUGACUGUGACUUUGGCACUGCAUUGUAUUUCCCUACACAAUCUAAAAGUAGCAGGAGUUCCUUGUAAAGUUUGCAGAGCAAAAAGGGUAUGUACUAUAUAAGUUUACUACUAUACCUCCUCUGAUGGAAUAAAUAUCAAAUAGAAAAACAUCUGUCUAAACUUAUUUUGAAAACUGCAUGGCCAGCUUAUGCAGUAGCUAGAUAUGUGGCAAGGUUACAGUGUUACUCUCUAAGGAGAAUACAAUUAAUAUGCUUAUAUAUUUGGUUCAAUUCAAGCACUGUGUAGUCUCCAAGUUCUGCUAUGAGAAGUAUGGAUAACUUCUCAUUAUCCUUCCUAUUCCAAAACACAGUAUUUAUCACAGAUAUGUACAAUACAGCAGCAUAGCUUAGGCCUGUUAUAUAGGUCAGUAUCUGCAAUGCACACAAGAACAUAGUUUGCCACUGCAAAGGAGAGUGGCUGCAAAAUCUAUUUUGGAUAAUCCAAUUUAUAUUUGAGGAAAUCAAUGCGUGGUCAUUUCUAGAACUGUGAAUAUAAGGCAAUUGCUGCAUGCUUGUAUAUUUGAUAAGUUUUAUUAUACUAUAUCCUUAUAUGAAUGCCUAUGCAGUGUAAAUGCUUUAAUAUAAGAUACUGAAUGGUUUUUUUACACAUUAUUUUCUAAACGUUGCUACUUUACUGCAUGUUUAUUCAUUUUUUUGUGUUGGUACAAAGUGCAAGCAGGAAGACACAUGAUUUUAAUAAUUUAUACAGCAGCUAUUCAAAUCCAUUAUAAAAACACGUUCUUAUGUAAAGACUUUUAAUUUGGCAAGAAAUGCGCUUCCUUUAGACAAUGGGCUUGGUUCACAGCAAUACCUGUGUAAUUAAUGUUUAUUUAUUAAAAAAAAAAAAACCAACCAAAAAAAUGAGUCUGUAAAUGGGGCUAUUGACCCUGCUGCAAACCACUAUGUCAAUAUGUUUUGAUACCUUUGAAAACAUAAAUCACCUACAUUUACUAGGAAAACAGAUGACCUGUCCUGAUUCAAGCUGAAAAACAGUGCUGUAAUUGAGAAGACCAUUCUUGAAAAAGAAUUGUGUUUGGUGCUGUAGGAUGACAAUGUAGCAACCCUUUUUUUAUUUAAACAAUACUUUCUCAUGACCAUAAUACAAAGAGUUCAUGUUACUUGACUGUGAACUGGGCCCACUAUUUACAGUGUUAUUAUACAUAACCAAAGUUCAGUGUAAUUAAAAAAAUUGAUCGAAUUCAUUCUUUUGGAAGAAACAAAAAAGAGGCUGACUGAUUUUGCUGGGGUUUUGGAGAGCUGGCUUGGUACAGAGCGUUGUUUCUGUACCAAUGCAUUUUAAAUGUAAGGAAAUCACUGGCUGAAAGACUGAUGGCUAAGACAGAACUGUCAGUAGUAACAUCUGAUAAUGCUGGAAACUAAGCUAGCAAUGAUACAACACUAAAUCAAGGUAGUAAUGCAUUAGUUUAAAGCUAUGUAAAUAUUUAUUUUAAUGCUGCAGCAUCAUAGCUGUCAUUUUUCACUGCUUUGAUAUCCAAGGAUUCUUAAUACUACACAAAUGUAUUUUAUCUGCUUAAUUUUUUAGUUUCAGCACUUUCAUUCAAAGCAAAUAACUCCCAUUUCUUUGUACUGCACUGAAAUAAAGACUCUUGUUUCAGUACAUAA